AUGCCUAAUGGCAACAGUGUCGCACGCAAAAGAAUCGUCCCCAGCGUCGGAACGACCAAAGAGGAAAGCCGGCGCCACGAUGGAUACUGUACUGUAUCGAUUAUCCGCAAAUGCCACAGAGCCACCGUUGAACAGGCUAGCAAGUUUACAGCUGUUCGACGCUGCGGAAUGAUCAAGGGUGUCACCUGA